AUGGAUGCAGCUAUAGGAGAUGGGGUUGAUGUGCUUUCAAUUUCAUUUGGUGGAGCUUCUGUACCCUUCUAUCGAGAUUCUCUUGCAAUUAGCGCCUUUAAAGCCAUACAGAAAGGGAUCUUCGUGAGCUGUUCGGUAGGUAAUUACGGGCCUUUUAACGGAACACUGUCAAACGAGGUUCCAUGGGUCCUUACAGUUUGGGCUAGCACCAUUGAUAGACGAAUAAGGACGAUAGUUUAUCUCGGAAACAAAAAACUACUUGAUGGCGAAUCGUUAUACCAACCAAAGAGUUUCCAUCAAAAGCUUAUGCCUCUUGUUUCAUACUGUAUGUAG